GUUGAAGAGAAAUCAAUGCGACUUAUUCCGUGUGGAAUUAUUGUGUUCUUUCUUAUGGGAAGCUCUGCGAAGAUGCAAAUGUCUCUGUCCUAUACGUCUUUCUGUGUUGCUGCGAAGAUGCUGGUUUUACGAAGAACAGGCGGCUAAAAAUGCGAGAUCAGGCUUUUGCAGAGGUAGUAAUUCCUGCAACUCAAAAUUCACAGGAUCGUUCAAAAUGGUAAGCGCUACUUAUGUGCCCAGAUCUAUAAAAUGUUAUAUGCUUGAUCAUAAUAUGGUGUGCUAUAUCUUUGAUUUCUUUAUAUCUUUUUCGUCUAAGAUCUCAGCCUGAUUGAGCGAACCCGUUAAUAGCAACAAAAUGAAUAACUCCUUAACGAGUACAGCCGCCAAUAACCAAAAUGAGACUGCUGUUACUCGCAAAUCUUCUUCUACGACUGGCCUCUCUGGCUUGUCCCUCAAUCUCCUCAUACGUUACAUCGAUAAUGUUUUGUCUGCUCUCAAUAACCAGGGAUUGGGCUGCAAAAUAAUUGACAGUGGAAUGGAGUUAAGGGAUUUAGUGCAGCCUGUUGCCUCAGAUUUUUCUAAAUUGUUUGAUGGCAUUUCAGAGGGUGCAAAAAUGUUCACGGAUCAGAAAUUCUUGAAAUCCCAGCUUUCGACCGAGGCACAUUCAGUGGCGGUAGAUGUAUUGAAAGGAUUGGGGAAUGCACAUUGGGUUGCAGUGGGGCUUUUGGCGAUAGCUAAUGUUUUAGAAAGAUUCGACAACAUCUCUGCAAAUGACAGAGAAUGCAUAGACCUUCUUAUUGCUAUGCUUAAGUUGGGUAAAUACUUGAAACAGAUGAAAGAUAUUAAUGCUGAUUUGCACAAGGAGAGUUUAGAAGAUAUGAGGGAAGCUGUUAAAUUGAUAAUUUCUGGUGCGAUUUUGUGUUGUUCCUUUAUCACAUCGAAUAAAUUGUCCAAGUUCAUUUUGACGAAGAAGAUCCGCGAUGAACUUGUGUAUGUUCGGGGGAAAGUUGAUUCUAUGAAAGCCGAUCUGAUUCUUCAAAUGCAAGUUCUGACCGUGAAGACAUUUACCUUCUAUCAUGAGCAGAAUAAUGAUACAGGAGGGCAAGAGGAGAAUAAUGGUCUUGGAGGAACAGAACAAAACCCCUCCCAACAAUCUAAAGAUGCAGAGAGUGAUAAUGAGGAGUGCUGUGAAACAGAGCUCGAAGGAUCAGGGUCAGACACUGUUUCUUCUCAGGCACAAGAUAAUUAUAAUGGGGUAAAUGAGCCCGAACAAUUGGAAAUGCCACCACGUCGCUCUCUCGGGGUGGGUAAAUUUCUUAGAAAAAAAAUUCCGAAUAUAUUUAAAAGGCAGUCACAAAAGCCAGAAUUGUUCGUGGAGGAGAUCCAGGAGAUCCAGAACUACAAAUCUCUAAUUAAUUUCAAACGCGAAGAAUUGGACAAGGCAACUGCCAAUUAUAGUCUUCAAAUAGGGAGCGGAGCUUUCGGGACUGUUUACCGCGGAAUUCUGUCGGAUGGAAGAGAAGUAGCAGUAAAGAUCUUGAAAAUAGAAGCUCGUCAAGGAGAAAAAGAGUGGAUGAACAACCUGAAGACUCUAACAAAGCUACGCCAUCGAAAUAUCGUGGAGGUCGUAGGAUGUUGCCAUGAAGACAUGAUGUUAGUCUAUGAUUAUUUCCCACGGAACCUGUCAAGCGCCAUUUUUGAAGAAACUGAGAUAAUUCUUAACUGGUCGAUAAGACUGAGGAUUAUAUUGGACGUAAUAAGGGGACUCGCAUAUCUUCACGAAGGUACACACUUCUGUAUUGUACACAGAGACAUUAAACCCAAUAACGUUGUUCUGGAUGAAAAUUUCAAUGCCAAGAUUUGUGAUUUUGGCCUUGCUAGAAUACUGGAACCAGACUGCGCCCAAUAUGCCAACAUUGCUGAAACACUCGGUUACCUAGAUCCUGGGCAUGAUGUUGCAGGUCUGAGUGCGAAAUCUGACAUUUACAGCUUUGGAUUGAUGCUGCUAAAUGUCGUUUCUGGCAAAAGAGUUAUCGAACUCACAAAUGAGCUGUUACUCUCCGAGCAUGCGUGGAGGUUAUGUGAAGAGGAUUGGCUUCAUGAGCUAAUAGACCCUCGAUUACUCAACACUGAUUGUUUAAUUUAUUCAAGCAGCAUAUCACGAACAAUUAUAACUGCUCUCUGGUGCAUUCAUAAGGAACCCAAAAGACGCCCAUCAGCGUCGCGAGUGUUGGCCAUGCUUUUAUCAGAAGAAGAGAUGCGAAUUCCGCUCCAAGGAGUUGAAUCCUAUUUAGAUUUCGGCUGGAAUCAAGCACCUGUGCUGAGUGGCGAGUGUUUAGAAUCGAGUCACGCAACUGUGCUUAGUGGUGAGUCUUUGAAUUCGAGUUACGUGAGAAGUGAGAGUUUCCACACAGAUAUGUUGAGUGGGGAGAGUUGUGAAUAUUGAAAAGUCAGACACGGAUCCCCUACAUCUUUAAAUUUCACUCUUUCCGAUUAUGGAAUUUUCACAAAUUUGUUUCUCUGUAAUCCAGCCCUUGACGUAAUAGAGACAGACCUUUCCUAUUAAGAUGUACUUUCUGAUAAUAUUUUUUAAAUUUAAAAUAAGAUGAUUAUUUACGGGUA